AUAUUAGACAAUCCGUCAUGGAGCGGUUGCCAUGGGAAUGGCGUUAUCAGCUCAGCAGCUAUCACGUGAUUUGAUGAUUUCUCGAACAACGGCAUCCAUAAAUUCGACAAAUUAGUCCGCUUCUUCUGCUCGUUCCCCGAUUUCCGAUCUGAAAUAUAAACACUGGUAAUGGGGGAAGCUAUUCCAAUCCGAUUAGCAAAAAUGGCGACUUCUUCUUCUUCGUCUUCACUCCUCUCCUCGACUGAGAUGACCUCGCAUUAUGGUCCAAACUCGAGAUUCAUCGAUUUCAGCUACAAAUAUAGAAAAUCAAGGACUUUAUUCCACAGGUUACCCAAGACGGGGAGUGUAAGACGCUCAUUGUCAGUGACGAAUGUUUCCAGUGACACCAAGCCACAAACGAAGAAUACAGUCUCUAAUGAAGGAGCUGGUGUCAGUUUGCCUUCUUUCAGUUCAGAUGCUGCUUCUGUUGCAUCAAGUAUCAAAUAUCAUUCAGUAUUCAAACCAUCGUUUUCUCCAGAAAAGUUUGAACUUCCUGCUGCUUACUCUGCAACAGCACAAAGUAUCCGCGAUUCAUUAAUCGCUAACUGGAAUGCAACUUAUGAAUGUUAUGAGAAGAUGAAUGUCAAACAGGCAUAUUAUUUGUCAAUGGAAUUUCUACAGGGGAGAGCAAUGUUAAAUGCAAUUGGCAAUUUAGGAUUGACUGAUGCUUAUGGAGAAGCUUUGAGUAGUCUUGGAUACAACUUAGAAAACGUAGCAUGCCAGGAACCAGAUGCAGCACUGGGAAAUGGAGGACUUGGGCGUCUGGCAUCAUGUUUUUUGGAUUCUUUGGCAACACUAAACUACCCAGCAUGGGGUUAUGGGCUUAGGUACAAAUAUGGAUUAUUUAAGCAACGAAUUACUAAGGAAGGUCAAGAGGAAGCUGCUGAAGAUUGGCUUGCAAUGGGAAAUCCUUGGGAGAUUGCAAGAAAUGACGUCUCCUAUCCAGUGAAAUUCUAUGGCAAGGUCGUGAAAGGAUCAGACGGAAGGACACAUUGGAUUGGUGGGGAAGACAUAGUAGCAGUUGCAUAUGAUGUUCCAAUCCCUGGAUAUAAGACUAAGACUACAGUUAACCUUCGACUAUGGUCAACAAAAGUUCGACCAGAAGAUUUUGAUUUAUCAGCUUUUAAUUCUGGACAGCACACUAAAGCUUGUGAGGCCCAAGAAAGUGCUGAAAAGAUCUGCUAUGUACUGUACCCCGGGGAUGAAUCUUUAGAAGGAAAGAUUCUUAGGUUGAAGCAGCAAUAUACAUUAUGUUCUGCUUCUCUGCAAGAUAUUAUUGCACGUUUUGAGAGGAGGUCUGGAGGACAUGUGAAAUGGGAGGAGUUUCCUGAAAAGGUUGCCGUACAGAUGAAUGACACUCAUCCGACACUCUGCAUCCCAGAAAUAAUGAGGAUAUUAAUGGAUGUGAAGGGUCUAAGCUGGAAAGAGGCUUGGGCUAUCACCCAAAGAACCGUGGCAUAUACAAAUCAUACUGUUUUACCAGAGGCCUUGGAGAAAUGGAGUUUUGAACUUAUGCAGAAGUUGCUUCCUCGACAUGUUCAGAUCAUACAGAAGAUUGAUGAGGAGCUGAGUCAUUAUAUUGUAUCGAAGCAUGGAUCUUCAGCUCCUGAGAUGUUGGAGCAAAAGUUGAAUAGAAUGAGAAUCCUGGAAAAUGUUGAUUUGCCACCCACUGUUGCUAAAUUAUUUUUUAAUCCAGGAAGUCAAGCAGAUAAGCUCAGCAAAGACUCAGAGCUUCUGAAUGAAGGAAAGGAUCAAGUUGAUAAAACCGUAAAGAAACCAGCAUCAUCUGAUGAAGGAAGACAUCAAACAAGCAUAAAGAGUAAAAAUGUUGAGACAGCAUCAACUCCAAAACCAAAACCGCCACAGAUGGUACGCAUGGCUAAUCUCUGCGUUGUAGGUGGUCAUGCUGUGAAUGGAGUUGCUGAGAUUCACAGUGACAUUGUGAAGGAGGAAGUGUUUAAUGAAUUUUAUCAGAUGUGGCCUAAGAAGUUUCAGAAUAAAACAAAUGGAGUAACACCAAGAAGAUGGAUUCGGUUCUGCAAUCCACUUCUAAGUAACAUUAUAACUAAGUGGAUUGGUUCAGAUGACUGGGUCCUUAACACAGAGAAGUUGGCUGAACUGCGGAAGUUUGCCGAUAAUGAGGAACUACAUAAUGAAUGGCGGGCAGCAAAACGGAGCAACAAGAUGAAGGUUGUGGCACUCAUAAAAGAAAGAACAGGGUACUCUGUUAGUCCAGAUGCAAUGUUUGAUAUCCAGGUGAAGCGCAUUCAUGAAUACAAACGACAACUUAUGAAUAUCUUAGGCAUUGUUUAUCGCUAUAAAAAGAUGAAAGAGAUGAUUUCAAAAGAUCGGAAGGAAAAAUAUGCACCUCGGGUUUGUAUAUUUGGAGGGAAAGCCUUCGCCACAUAUGUUCAAGCUAAAAGGAUAGUGAAACUUAUCACGGAUGUUGGUGCUACCAUUAAUAAUGAUCCAGAAAUAGGUGACUUGUUGAAGGUGAUAUUUGUUCCUGAUUAUAAUGUUAGUGUGGCUGAAUUGCUGAUUCCUGCCAGUGAGCUCUCGCAGCAUAUCAGUACUGCGGGGAUGGAGGCCAGUGGAACGAGCAACAUGAAAUUUUCAAUGAAUGGAUGCAUCUUGAUUGGGACACUGGAUGGUGCAAAUGUUGAAAUAAGGGAAGAGGUUGGGGAUGAUAAUUUCUUCCUCUUUGGUGCUCAAGCUCAUGAGAUAGCAGGACUUAGGGAGGAGAGAGCUGAAGGCAAGUUUGUCCCUGAUGCACGUUUUGAAGAAGUGAAGGAAUAUGUGAGAAGCGGCGUGUUUGGUCCAUACAACUAUAAUGAAUUGUUAGGUUCCCUUGAAGGAAACCAGGGUUUUGGGCAAGGAGAUUAUUUUCUCGUGGGAAAGGAUUUCCCAAGUUACAUAGAAUGUCAAGAGAAAGUUGACAAGGCAUACUUCGACCAAACUAGAUGGACAAGAAUGUCGAUCAUGAACACCGCAGGAUCGUAUAAAUUCAGCAGUGACAGGACAAUUCAUGAGUAUGCAAAAGACAUAUGGGGUAUUCAGCAGGUGGAAUUGUCUUAGUAGAAGACAUGUUUUUCUUUACACUUCUUUUGGUAUUUUGCUCAUUUUAAGGGAAAUAAGUGAUAGUUCAUAAUCUUUUUAUGGGCGCCAAUGACAGUUGAAGCUAUAAUCUAAAUAUGAGAGACUAGUAUGUAUGUCUCUCCUAUCCUGUGUGCCAUACUAGAUGAACAUGAGAUGUUCUUAAUAGAAGGGAAUAACCAUGUUUAAUACUCCUAUAUUGUAGUAAUCAUUAUAAUUCAUAUGUUUAUAGUUAUAAAUAAUCAUAUUAUUUUGA